AUGGGGAAGGAGCAGGAGUUGCUGGAGGCGGCCCGCACCGGGCACCUCCCGGCGGUGGAGAAGCUGCUGUCCGGGAAGCGGCUCUCUUCAGGCUUUGGCGGCGGCUCUGGCGGCUCUGGCGGCGGCUCCGGGGGCGGCUCCGGGGGCAGCGGAGGCGGUGGCCUGGGCUCCUCCAGCCAUCCCCUCUCCAGUCUCCUCAGCAUCUGGAGAGGACCCAACGUGAAUUGCGUUGAUAGCACUGGUUACACCCCUUUGCACCAUGCAGCUCUGAAUGGUCACAAGGACGUGGUGGAAGUUCUUCUAAGGAAUGAUGCAUUGACCAAUGUGGCUGAUUGUAAAGGCUGUUACCCUCUUCACCUGGCAGCCUGGAAAGGGGAUGCUCAGAUAGUUCGUUUACUCAUCCACCAAGGACCCUCCCACACCAAAGUCAAUGAACAGAACAAUGACAAUGAGACGGCUCUCCAUUGUGCCGCCCAAUAUGGUCACACUGAGGUAGUGAAGGUCCUCUUGGAGGAACUAACUGAUCCCACCAUGCGCAAUAACAAGUUUGAGACACCGCUGGACCUAGCUGCACUGUAUGGGAGGCUGGAGGUGGUGAAGAUGCUGCUCAAUGCUCACCCCAACCUUUUAAGCUGCAACACUAAGAAACAUACUCCUCUGCACUUGGCUGCCCGGAACGGCCACAAAGCUGUGGUCUGUGUCCUUCUCGAUGCUGGGAUGGAUAGCAACUACCAGACGGAGAAGGGCAGUGCUUUGCAUGAGGCUGCUUUGUUUGGCAAGACAGAUGUGGUUCAAAUCCUGCUGGCUGCAGGAAUUGAUGUGAAUAUAAAAGAUAACCGGGGACUAACUGCAUUAGACACUGUGCGAGAGCUUCCUUCCCAGAAGAGUCAGCAGAUAGCGGCAUUUAUUGAAGAACACAUGACAGGGAAAAGAAGUACAAAAGAAGGAGACAAACCUCUUAGAACUCAGCCACUGUUCAUCCCUAACGUGGACUCAACAUCCCUGAAGUCUCAAGGUGAUGUGGAAAAAGCAGUAAAUGAGCUGGUCAUGGAUUUUGACAUGAACUCACAAGAGGAAGUUCCCUAUGAGGCUCUGUAUAAUGCCAUUUCCUGCCACUCAUUAGAUAGCAUGACCAGUGGAAAGUCUUCUGACCGAGAAUCUGUGACCAAGGAGGCAGAAACGGCUGUUGUGAAAGCAUCUGGAGUGAGGCCUAGAGAACGUCCACCCCCUCCAGCCAAACCACCACCAGAGGAAGAGGAAGAGGAAGAUGCUGAAAUGGAACUUUUCCCCCAUAUAUCCUCUGAGGUUCCAGUCAUGAGAAGUAGGAGCCAGGGGAGUGCAUCCAAGGAGGAAGAUGAGCAUCCUUAUGAGUUAUUGCUUACAGCAGAAACAAAGAAGCUAGUGCCAUUGGAGGGGAAAACAAAAGACCAGAGGAGGAGCAGCAGCAGCCGGAGCCAGGACUCUGCAGAGGGACUAGACGGGCAAGUCCCAGAGCAGUUCUCAGGUCUUCUACACGGCUCUUCUCCAGUGUGUGAAAUCAGUGAGGACCCUUUCCAGCUUAUUUCCACUGUCAGCCAGGGUGGUUCUGAAGGGUCGUCCAGGCAGGGCACAAGUCACGAAGCUGCUAUGCAGCUGGAGGAUGCUGCUUUGUUCACUCCUGGAUCCACCCAACCCAGCCUUCCUGACCAAAAUAAGAAACUGGGUUAUUCAGCUGGCCUGCCCACCAACCACAGCCAGUCGGACCCUGAAACUUUGAUGCAUGAGAUAUCUCAGCACCCUGGUGCCGAGGAAGCAGGAGACUGGAGUGGGACCAGGAGCUGGGCCCCUCCCUCUAACAGACCAAAAGCUGAGCUUAAACUCAGCCGCAGUUUGUCCAAGUCAGACUCCGAUCUUCUGACCUGCUCACCAACAGAAGAUACCACGAUGGGGAGUAGGAGUGAGUCCUUGUCCAACUGCAGCAUUGGGAAGAAACGGCUGGAAAAGUCUCCGUCCUUUGCCUCAGAGUGGGAUGAGAUUGAAAAGAUCAUGAGUUCAAUCGGGGAAGGCAUAGACUUUUCUCAGGAACAGCAGAAGAUUUCAGGUUCACGGAUGUUGGAGCAGAGUGUCGGGGAGUGGCUGGAGUCAGUUGGUUUGCAACAGUAUGAAAGCAAGUUGCUUCUGAAUGGCUUUGAUGAUGUUCGCUUCCUGGGUAGUAAUGUGAUGGAAGACCAGGACCUCAGGGAGAUUGGGAUCAGUGACCCCCAGCACCGGCGGAAGCUUCUCCAGGCUGCAAGAUCUUUGCCUAAGGUAAAACCUUUGGGCUGUGAUGGGAAUACCCAGCCAUCUGUCCCAUCCUGGCUUGACUCUCUUGGGCUGCAGGACUAUAUCCAGUCUUUCCUGUCAAGUGGCUACAGUUCUAUUGACACUGUGAAAAACCUCUGGGAACUGGAGCUAGUUAAUGUACUGAAGGUUCACCUGCUUGGCCACCGGAAGAGGAUCAUUGCCUCUCUUGCAGACCGGCCCUAUGAGGAGCCCCCCCAGAAGCCACCCCGCUUCUCCCAGCUGAGAUGCCAAGAUCUGCUUUCUCAAACAUCCUCACCCCUGAGUCAGAAUGAUUCUUGCACUGGGAGGUCAGCAGACCUCCUCCUGCCCCCAGGCGAUACGGGCAAAAGGCGGCAUGACAGCUGCCAGGACACGGCUGCCCGUGGCCGAGUGGAGCGCUUUCAGACACAGGAGGAUCCACGGGAGGCCAAACUGACCCUCCGCCCUCCCAGCCUGGCUGCUCCUUAUGCCCCUGUGCAGAGCUGGCAGCACCAACCGGAGAAGCUCAUCUUUGAAUCCUGUGGUUAUGAAGCCAAUUAUUUGGGCUCAAUGCUGAUUAAAGAUCUUCGUGGGACAGAGUCCACACAGGAUGCCUGUGCCAAGAUGCGGAAAUCAACAGAACAGAUGAAGAAGAUCCCAACCAUAAUUCUUUCCAUCACUUACAAAGGGGUCAAAUUCAUUGAUGCCUCUAACAAGAACAUCAUUGCAGAACAUGAGAUUCGGAACAUCUCCUGCGCAGCGCAGGACCCUGAGGACCUCUGCACCUUUGCCUACAUCACCAAGGACUUGCAGACGAGCCACCACUACUGCCAUGUGUUCAGCACUGUGGAUGUGAAUCUGACCUAUGAGAUCAUCUUGACUCUGGGACAGGCAUUUGAGGUGGCCUAUCAGCUGGCCCUGCAGGCCCAGAAAGCCAGGCCCAGUGGGGCCUCAGCGGCUGAGAUGAUAGAAACAAAAGCUUCCAAACCGGUGCCUAAGCCUCGAGUUGGCAUGAGGAAAUCUGCAUUGGAACCAUCUGACAUGGACCAAGAUACCCAGUCUCAUGCCAGUGUCUCCUGGGUAGUGGACCCCAAACCGGAUUCCAAAAGGAGCCUCAGCACUAAGUAUGAGACCACUAUCUUCUAAAACCAACCCAGCCCCUGUCUCCACUAGUCUCACUGUGCCUUUACCAUCUGAUCUGUCUGCUGUUCUCAGCUCUCUCCUUCCAGCUGCUGAUGGUGAGCUCUCUCCCCUCCCAGGGGCCUGCUCUCCUCCCUGGCAGCAGCACUAAGACACUGUACACUAACAACUUUUGUACCUUAUAC